CGUCCGUCCUCCUUCAGUCCGGAUCGGCAGUCUGCAGCCUCUCCCCGUCUUCCAACACAUUCUGCUCUUUUUGUGUGAGACCGGAUCAGUUUUCUGGAGCUGGACGUGUUUCCGGCUCGGCAGGUUGGAGAUCUGAAGUGAGAUUGAAGGUGUGAAUGAAGGAAGCGAUGGCGGCUCAGCGGAGGGAACUGACCCACCAUGGACUCUGACUUGGACGUGUUGAUGAAGGAUUCUGUCAAGAUGAUGACCGACAUGAUCGUCCUGUGUGCCACUCUGGCGCUGUCGCUCUUCUUCUGGGUCGUCUCCCUCGUCAUGAGCAGCUUGUCUGGGACGCUGCAGCCGGUGUCGCCAUGGCGAUGGCUGUUCUCCAUCCUGGUCCCGCUGGUGCUGACGGUCCGAGCGCUGAAGAGACGCAGCCUGGACCGCUCAGGAGCUCUGGGAGCCCUGCUGGUGGGCUUCGUGCUGACCAUGGCCAACUACAGCUUCUUCUCCGCCCUGCUGGCCUUCUUCAUCACCUCCUCCCGGCUGACGCGCUGGGGCGGCGAGCAGAAGAAGAAGAUCGACGCCGACUACAAGGAAGGAGGCCAGAGGAACUGGGUCCAGGUUCUGUGUAAUGGAGGAGUUCCCACCGAGCUGGCACUGCUCUACAUGAUCGAAGCGGGGCCGGGGGAAAUCCCCGUGGACUUCAGCAGGCAGUACUCGGCGUCCUGGAUGUGUCUGUCCCUGCUGGGCUCGCUGGCCUGCAGCGCCGGAGACACCUGGGCCUCGGAGGUGGGGCCCGUCCUCAGCCAAUCGCGGCCCAGGCUCAUCACCACCUGGGAGGAAGUGCCGGCAGGCACUAACGGCGGCGUGACGGCGGUCGGGCUGCUGGCCAGCUUCCUGGGGGGCGCGGUGGUGGGCGGGGCCUACUUGGUGACGCAGCUGCUGACGGUGGGCGAGCUGCAGGGGGCGGGGCCGCAGUGGCCCCUGGUGGUGUACGGGGGCGUGGCCGGGCUGCUGGGCUCCAUGCUGGACUCCUUCCUGGGCGCCCACAUGCAGUAUUCAGGCUUCGACUCCAGCAUCGGGAAGGUGGUGAGCUACGAGUCGGCCACCACCCGCCGCAUCUGCGGCAAGCCCAUCCUGGACAACAACGCCGUCAACCUCUUCUCCUCCGUGCUGGUGGCGCUGGUCCUGCCCGGGCUGGCGUGGGGGGCGUGGCCUCGGUAGGCCGCCGCCUUCGCUCUGAUUGGUCAAACCGCAACCGACGGCAGCGAGCAGACAGAAAAUCGGACGAGAGGGAGGGAGCAAAAGAAGAGCUUUGUCCAUCUCAAUUUCACAUGAAAGUUCUUUUAUUUUGAAAAUCUCAGACACAAACAGAAGAAAUGCUUCGUUAUGAGAAUAAAGUUGCUGUUUUGAAAUUUUGCUCAAAUAUUUUUCGGGCGGUUCCAGGGAAGAUUUCUUGUGAAAUAUUUUUUUUGAAAAAAAAUUGUAAAGAAAAGAGAAUAAAGCUGUCAAAGUUAAAACAUUUUGAAUUGAAUCAGUCUGAACAAACUCAGCAUAUUUCAGCACGGUGUGUAUUUUGUAAGCUUGAAGUCUUUUAUUGUUAAAGGUGCAGAAUGUUCAGAAGCCGGCCUGGUUCCUGUGAGCCACUCGGGGGAGGUUAUCAAAAUAAGGUCCAUUUAUUCUGAAAAGAAGUCAGUUUGAUUGCAGAAUUCAAAGUUUACAUUUACGCUGCAGCAGAUCCAUCAACACCAGCUAGCCUCCUGCAGCACCGCCUGGAGCCACCGGGUGGUGCAGUGAGUCCGCUUCACCCGGGUCCUCAAGAUCAAAGGACGGAAAUCCUGAAGAAAGAUUCUGGAAGUAGCCAAGAUGAAGGCAGCUGGCUAACCGGCUAACCAGCUAAACGGCUAACCGGCUAACUGGCUAACCAGCUAAACGGCUAACCGGCUAACUGGCUAACCAGCUAAACGGCUAACCGGCUAACCGGCUAACUGUCUAACCAGCUAACUGGCUAACCGACUAACUGGCUAACCAGCUAAACGGCUAACUGGCUAACCGGCUAACCAGCUAAACGGCUAACUGGCUAACCAGCUAACUGGCUAACCGACUAACUGGCUAACCAGCUAAACGGCUAACUGGCUAACCAGCUAACUGGCUAACCGACUAACUGGCUAACCAGCUAAACGGCUAACUGGCUAACCGACUAACCAACAAACUGGCUAACCGGCUAACUAGCUAACCAGUGAACCCUGUUAUCCAGUCAACCAGCUUUACAGCUAAUCACAGCUGGCUCAGUGUCGUAGCUAAGGUGGAGCUGAGGGUGGAGCUGUGGGUGGGGCUGAGGUGGGGCUGAGGUGGAGCUGUGGGUGGAGCUGUGGG